UACUACAAGUGGAUUUGAAAAAAGCCGUAGCAAAUUUUGUCUCCUUGAUCUGAGCGAGCCUCCGAGAAUAUAGUAUAUUCAUCUUUUUUUCUGAGCAACACACAUCGUAACAUGGCGUUUAUAUACUCCAUUUGGACUUUCGUUGUCCCCGUUUGUCUCCUGUACCUGAUCAAGAAACUUUGGUACUGGUAUAUAGUCAGCAAGAGUGACCCGAAAUGCUCGGCGCCUCUUCCUGGCGGAUCUAUGGGUUGGCCGAUCAUCGGAGAGACCUUUCACGUGCUUUUCCAGGGACCGUCGUUUUACGAGAAAAACUUUGCAAAAUUUGGACGAAUCUUCAAGACGCACCUAUUUCUCAACCCCACUGUUCGAGUUUACGGGAAAGAUAAUAUCGCCAAGAUCCUUCAAGGGGAGAAUGAUAUCGUGACUUCAACGUGGCCAGCUUCAACCCGUCUCAUCCUUGGGGAAGACACCCUCGCCAUGGCACAGGCCGAGGAACAUGCAUUCAUGAAGAAAAGGGUUUAUGUAGCCUUUUCACACUCGGCUCUCAGUGGUUAUGUCUCUAUGAUUCAGAAACCAGUCAGAACGGCCAUUGAGAAGUGGUGUCAGUCUGAUGAGGUGCUAGCCAGCAAUGUCUUGAGACAUCUGUCAUUCCGUGUUGCUGCUGAUGUUAUCUGUGGCUUCCGUUACACUGACGAGGACGUGACAACGCUCUGUCAGAAGUUUGAUGAAAUCAUGAAAGGCAUCAUGACAAUCCCUUUCGAUUUGCCCUUCUCAACAUUUAGAAAGGCCCUGAAGGCUCGGGACUUCAUCAAACAGAACCUGGACGAGAAUGUGAUGCGCAAGGCUAACCUAGAUCCGGAGGAAGACACCCAAGAUGCCAUGCGAAUCCUGAUCAACCUCGCCAAUAAAUCAGACUGCAAUACUUCCAAGGAAGGCUUGUAUGAAGCCAUCAAGAACCAAACGAUUGAGUUUUUGAUAAGCGGUAUGCUGUCACUCAGUUCUGCAGCAAGCACCAUGCUGUACCACCUAGCCAGGAAGCCAGAGGUCCUAGCCAAGGUUCGGGAAGAGCUGAACCAGUAUGGCCUGCUGACCGACUACACCCCUCUAACCCUUAACAAGAUCAACCAAUGCCACUAUGUCAUGCAAGUCAUCAAGGAAUCUUUAAGAAUGGUCCCUCCCAUUGGUGCUACCUUCAGGACUGCUCUCAAGACCUUUGAGUUAGAUGGCAAGCAAGUUCCCAAGGGUUGGACCGUAUUCUGGAGUAUCCGGGAGACCAUCCACUUAUCAAAUUCCUUCACCAACACCCACGAAUUUGAUCCUGAUAGAUUCUCACCUGAACGCAGGGAGGACAAGGUUGCUGGUCGCUUCUCCAUGCCCGUCUUUGGCCAUGGCACCCACAGCUGUAUCGGACAGAACUUUGCACUUCUCACGUUACGCAUCUUGCUUAUCGAGUUGGCGCGCACCUGUGACUUUGAAACACCUAAUGUAGAGAAGAUUAAAUUUGCAUGGCUGCCGUCCCCGAAACCCAAGGGUGGUAUGCCGACGCGGUUCACACGGAAAGUUAUGGUGGAUCAAAAUGAGAAUGAGGUCUGCUACUCUAAGUCUUCGAUAUCUCAGGAUGAUGAGGGUCCAUCAGGAGAUGGUGUCCAUCAGAGAAGUGCAACGUGUCAUGCAGCAUGAAGACAUUCAAAAUUGGACAUUGUAUUUUGAGAAGAACUGGACAUUUACACGCACAAAGCUCUGAUCUUAGCGAACACCUUUGAAAUGAAUAAAUGAUGACGCUCUGUUAUAGGGAUCGAUUUGAUUGUCUCUACACGACACGUUCCCUUUAAACUGUAACCUUGCACUGUGGCUUGGCAUUACAUAUGCAUAUAGACAGUGGUCAUGAAAAACUAUUAAACAAUCCAAUAUGUCCUUGAUUUCAACCAAAUCCAGCAAACCAUUCUACAUUCAUCGACAUGUUUCGUGCUGAAGGCUCUUGAUGACAUGGUGAAAAUAAACAUCUUGGGUGUAUGCUUUUGAAAGUAAUCAAAACUAUGGAGAUUGGCAAGAUGUUAAGGCAAAAAUAUAUAUAUGUAUACAUUUAAAUACACACAUAUAAAUAUAUAUAUAUGAUUUAUAUAUAUAUUGCCUUUUGACGGUAUUCCAUAGUCAUGAAUCUAUUCACUGAUAGGUUAUUAAUUAUCUAUGUAUUCAUUUCAGGCAUUUUGUGAUGACAAGGCACCUUAAUAUUCAUAUUUUAUCAAUUUGCAACACUGUAAAUAUCAUGUCCUGUCUUCAAUGUCUUUCCAAAGCUUAUUUUCAUUUGAUAGGCAGGUAAUUCUUAGCCAACAUCUUGUUUCUACUUGAUGAAGCGUGGUAGUCGUAACGUUGGUUUGCGAUUAUUCUACCCAUUCAUACAUACAUGUACAUCUAGUAUGACAGUAUUUUGUACCAACCUGGAGAAAUACUCGACUCUUUAUGAGUUCAAAGAUAAGCAGAAAAAGCAGCUUAAGUUUUAUUCAGAAAGGUAGAUAUGUAAUGUAUUUAUUUAUUGCUUAUAUUUUUCUUAAGUACGUAUCUUGUUUCUGGGCAAAGAAAGAGAUAGAGCUUUAUUUGAAAUGUAAUCUGGAUCUGUACUUUUAAAAUGUUUAGUUGCAUUUUUCGGUUAGAGAGAGGAAAACGAAAAUGGAAACUUUUGUUGCAAGAUAUGGUUAGUAUGCGAAAAUGGAUUUCACCUUGUACUUUCAAGUGAUAAGUGACUUGUAGUUGCCGUUAAGAAUAUUGGUAUUGGAAUGGAUAAGGAUGUAGAUUAAUUUAUGAAGAAAGUGAUUUAUGAGGAACAAAUCAAAAUACAGAUCACCUAGAUCACAAAAAAAUGUCAAAAAGAUAACGGUGUUGUUUUGAUGCUAUUUAAUGUGUUUUUAAAACCUUGUGGUUUAAAUGCUGGUCUUAUUCAAGCUUAUUGAUUUAAAAGCUCGAAAGAAUUGCAUUUACAGUGUUUGUUUUUGUCUUAUCUGUAAAAGUAAAUUUUUAUGUAUUUAUAUGUGUACAGUAUUGCCAAAAGAAUUCUUUUAUAUUAAGAAAAGUAUGUAUUGUUACAUUUUUUGAUUGGAUGAACAAUGUUUUCAGACAAAACGGGUAAUGUAAGUGGCUAUAUUGAAUUUGUAUAGAAGGGAGGUCGGUGACAUGGCUUGAAAAUAUGCUUUCUGAUAUGUUUUUUAAGACAUGACUUUUCAUCAUCAGUUUCCAUUCAAAAUGUACAGUGUACAUUGUGCACAAAUACUAUGGAUGUCAACUGUUUACUUGCAAAUUUCCCCCAAAAAAGAGUAUUGACAAUUUUAUUCAUUCAUUAAAUAAUUAAUUGUAAAAUAAAUAUAACUUACUGCUGGAAUCAAACAGCAUUAUUGUGGCGGCACAUUGAAAGAAAUGUAUCCUUAACCUAUUAAAGAUUUAUAGUUGAACAUGCCAACUUAAUGGCGUAACAAUAUUUAGAUGUGUAUCUAAUUCAGGUUAUGGAUUUCAAUGAUUUACAAACACCUUGGAAUAUUCAUCUUCACAGAUAAUUUCAAAAUAAGGAGCCAAUUCAUUUAUGCUCGUUAGACUGGCAACGUAAUACAUCACAAUAUUCCUCGACACCCAUUGCCGUUUCUUAUAAAUACAUGUACACUAAAACAAAAAUAACCACAAACACAAGGGAAAACGUAAAACAAUGAAAACUUGUUUGUUCAAUCUGGAUUUUAAAUUGUUGACAUUAAAAUGCAAAUGUGUACAUAUAUCAGAAAGAUAUGACAAAGGAUAUUGGUGACUAACUAAAUCCUCAUGUGUGUGGGUCAUAAUAAAGGAGACGUUUCCACGGACUCUGUAGUUUGUUUCAAUGUGAGCAUGCCUGAGAGUCGGGCUCCCACAGGCUUGCCAAUAAGUAUGUAUUAAUGCAUUGUGCAAGAAUAUCUGGAUUGUCACAGAUUGCAGAGCAGUGGGGAUCAACCCUUAUAGAUGACAUUCAAAAGUGACCUUAUUCCAAACAAGGUGUGUAACUUUGAGAUGUCCAUCUUUUUGUACCAGAAUUUAUUGAGAAAAAAAGUGAGAGCGAGUCAGGAUGGAGGAACAAUUCAUGUUUUGAAAUAUUUGUAUGAUCUUAGCAGUAUUUUACAAGUGUGUAGUGAGGUUUUUACUGUGGCAUAUUUUUGAUACAGGGAUAUUUUUCAUGCGUUUGUGUGCUUUUUUCCCUUUUACAACCUUACAAAUUUAAAGUUAAUAUCCCCCUUUAAAACAUAUCUAAACAAACACUCAAGUUUUUCAUUUUGAAAUUCAAAGUAUUCCUUCAAAUAAUGCACCAGGUGUGUGCCAAAAUUUAAGAUUAGAAUGUGUUUCUUGAAAAACUGUAUUGAGUAUUUUUGUGCAUUUUUGGCUAUACCUUGAACUUAUGAGAGCUUAAUGCUGUUAGCAAAAUAAUUUGUUCCAUAACAACUUGAUUGUUGGGAAUCAAAUGCAAGAGAAACAAGUGCCAAAUCAUGUCAAAUUUUAUGUGUUUAUCUUCUUCCUAGAUUGAAUUAUAGAAAAGAUAUAAUUAGAUCCCCUUUUAAUGACUUUUGUUCAGAGGUAUGAUAAAUAUCAUUUCCACAUAGUGAAUUAAAGCUUUUCAUUCAAUAUUUUUAACCUCUUAAUUUUGUGCCCCGUAAUGAGUGAGAGUGGAAAAGAGAGAGAGAGUGUGUAAAAGGAAGGAAGAGAG